AUGGCCUCCCUCCCCUCCCAACAUCCGUCCCUGGCCCUCCACCUAACAGACCGCGCCCUCAACCCGAUCCUGACCUCGGCGCAUUCCCAAUCCCAACUCGAGGCCCUCACCUCCCUGACGACGACUUCCCUAACCGCCCAUGCCGCCGCGAACCGCUUCUCCCUCGGCCCCGCCCAGCGCAUCAUCGUCGAGCACGGUCCGGGCAGCCCAGUCGUGCUAGCCUCCUUCCUCAACGGCGCCGAUGCCCUACCGAACUCUUCAGACGGAGAGGGCUCCGUCACUCUAGCUCCCGCCGCAGCCAACAACAAGUCCUCCUUGUCGAGGCCCGUACCUUCUGGCGUCCCCGGCGCUGCCCCGAUAGCAGAGUCAUCUUCCUCGUUGUCGGCGGCAGCAGGGUUGGGGGUGCCGUCGAGGGCGAUAUCUGACACGGGCAAGCUGGGCGAAGACGCCGAGAACGCGGCGCCCAUGCUGGUCGGCAUGGUAGUCGCGGCGACGGGCGAGGAAGCCAUGGAGGCGCGUCGCGCCGCGGGCAGACUUGAGAGGGUGGGCAGGGAGUUCCAACGAGAAUGGGCGGCGGAAGAAGGGACGGGCGACGCAGCUGGCGUUGGUCAUUGA